AUGUCCACAACUUCAUCAACUAACAAUCUGAAAGUAGAGCCCACUGACUGGGCGAGAUGUCGGCGUCUUACCGAUGCCAUUGCAGUCUUUCCCACGUCACUGCCUUCUAGCGCUAUCGAAGAACCAAAAACACACAAAUCGGUUGCAACCCCAGUCUUUGAAACAAGCUGGUAUUCAAACGCAAAUAAUCUGCGUGGUGUAGACUAUGGCAUAGCAUACCAACAGAAAGUGAUGUAG